AUGCAUGGAAGAGGGUGUCUACUUAGCAUGUAUGUAGGGAAAAAGCAGUUUCAAUCGGGGGGAUCCAAGUUCGUUACGGUUAAGAGACCAUGCAGGUUGUUCCUCUGCAGUGAUAGUAGAACGCACUACUAUACGUGUAAGGGGGGUGGCAGCUAUACAGAGAGGAAGGACACAAUUAAUGGAAGUGCCCAACUAAGGUUAGUACACUUUUACAGAAAAUACUUAUCAUUAGAUGGUUGGAGAAGGAAGAACAAUGGGACUUCCAAAAUGGUAAAUGUGAUGAGAGUCCAUACAGCAAAGGUGUUAAAAAUUGAGAAGGCAGGCAGGGUGGAGGAAGACACUGUCUCUGUGACAGCGUCCAUCCAAGUCGAAUUCACCCCAGUGAAAGAGACCAACGAAGGUUUAAUUGCCCUUACGGGUGACGGAGAAAAAGGCAAAAGGUAUGGGUUCCCCAGGACGGAGGGCAAGCCUUUCUUCGGACCUUCCAUCGCUGAAGAAUUCAUAAAAAGUGGGGAACAGCUCCAGGACACAAUCAAUGAUCAUACCAAUGAGAAGGGAAGAUGUACCCAUCUGGGUAGCUACCCUCACUUGCGUACUUAUCUUGAGUUGUCAAAAUUUAAGUUAACUCUGUGGGUAACGAUAAGUAGCACGUUCGGAUAUUUCAUGCUGGGGGGAUCGAACUUAACCGAAUUUGCCUCCCUAGCUAUUGGCGUAUACCUCUGCAGCAGUAGCGCCAAUACGUUUAACCAGAUCAUCGAAAGGGACAUAGACAAAGUAAUGCAGCGGACUAAACGGAGACCACUUGUAUGUAAUAAUAAGCAAAUUUCUCUUAGGAAUGCAAAAAUGUUUGGUACCUUGACAGCCAUCCUAGGAUCGGGAAUCCUGUACCAUUUAAAUAACCCCAUGACAGCUGUACUUGGCCUAUUUAACAUAUUUCUAUACGCAUGUGUGUAUACUCCCUUAAAGAGGAGAACACCGUAUAACACGCACGUAGGGUCCAUCGUGGGUUCGAUUCCGACUCUAAUGGGUUGCACAGCAGUGGCGCAAAACUUACUUGUCCCUGAACCUUGGAUUCUAUUCAUUACACAGCUGUUGUGGCAGUUUCCCCAUUUCUACUCCAUAGCCUAUUUAUAUAGAGAUGAUUAUUUAAAAGGGAAAUAUAAAAUGUUUCCCCUGCAGGAUAACCAGAAUGGAUUAUAUACAGCCAAGUUGUGUAGGCCCUACUUAAUUCUCUUAUCAUCAUUACCUCUUUUGUUUUUUUUUUGUGGGUACACUUCCUACAUGUAUAUUCUAACGUCCCUUCUGCCGAAUGUUUACAUAUUUUACAAGUUCCAGGCCAUUUUUCGAAAUCCAUCCAAGGGGAACAUUCGCUCCUUUUUUAAGCACUCCCUUUGGCACAUCAUUCUCCUGCUAGCCUUGUCUUCCUACCACACGCAGAUCCCGGAUAGUAGCAAAAGUAGGGGGGAAGCAGGUACAGAACAGACCGAUCGGGGCAUUCCCCGAAGUGGAGGCAAACUGGAGGAGCUUACCGAUACCCCCGAAUACGCAAUUACCAAAUUUAAGAAGCGGCUCCUCAAAUUCUGCAUAGUUUUUUCAUAA